UUUUCUGCGCCGAAUGACCUUUGAUAAUAGAUAAUAAAUUCUGUGUAAAAUAUAUUCAGCUCCACAUGUUCAGGGGGCGAUAGUACGAAUUUUGAAGGACUUGCAGUCAUGCUGUUGCUAACUAGAGCAGCUAAGAGUUGUGCGGCGAAAUACAGGACUUACAGCACCAAAGUCAACCUCAACGAGGUCGUCAUCGUCAGUGCCACCAGGACUCCCAUUGGAUCCUUCCUGGGAUCAUUAUCGUCGCUUUCAGCGAGUAGACUAGGAUCUGCAGCGAUUCAGGCGGCUAUUGAACGUGCUGGUAUUUCCAAAGACACAAUCAAUGAAGUUUACAUGGGAAAUGUGUGCCCAGCUGGUUUGGGACAGGCACCAGCCAGACAAGCUACAAUAUUUGCUGGCCUUCCCAAAUCUACAAUUUGCACAACAGUGAACAAAGUAUGCGCCAGCGGAAUGAAAACCGUGAUGCUGGCAUCUCAAUCAUUGCAAUGUGGACACCAAGAAGUCAUCAUAGCCGGUGGCAUGGAAUCAAUGUCCAAUGUGCCCUAUUACAUGAAACGUGGGGUCACUCCUUAUGGAGGUGUCACUCUCGAGGAUGGAAUUGUCUUCGAUGGAUUGACCGACGUUUAUAAUAAAUUUCAUAUGGGCAACUGCGCAGAAAAUACUGCCAAGACGUAUAAAAUAUCUCGAGAGCAACAGGACGAAUUUGCGCUCAGCAGCUACAGACGCAGUGCAGCUGCAUGGGAUAGUAGAGCCUUUCAGGAUGAAAUAGUCCCAGUAAAUGUUCCUCAGAAGAAGGGAAAGCCUGAUUUAGUUGUUUCUGAAGACGAGGAGUACAGGAAAGUGAAUUUUGAGAAAUUCAGUGCACUGAAGCCAGCCUUCCAGAGAGAGAAUGGCACAGUAACUGCAGGAAAUGCAUCGACCCUGAACGAUGGAGCUGCUGCCCUGAUUCUGACGACAGCAGGUGCCGCCCAGAAGUUGAAUUUAAAACCACUGGCGAGAGUUGUUGGAUUCCAAGAUGCUGAGACUGAUCCCAUUGAUUUUCCAAUUGCUCCAGCCCUCGCUAUUCCCCCUCUGCUCCAAAAAACAAAUGUGAAGAAGGAAGACGUGGCGUUAUGGGAGAUCAAUGAAGCCUUCAGUGUUGUUGUUCUGGCAAAUCAGAAAAUUUUGGAUUUGGAUCCAACCAAAGUUAACGUUCACGGCGGUGGAGUUUCCCUCGGUCACCCCAUUGGAAUGUCAGGAGCAAGAAUAGUCGUCCACCUGGUGCACGCCCUGAAACCAGGGCAAAAGGGAGUCGCCGCAAUUUGCAAUGGUGGAGGUGGUGCCUCUUCCAUAAUGAUUGAAAAACUGUAAGUCCAUUGGAAACCCCCAGACUGUUGAAACUAUCGGAAGUUGCUCGAGAGAUCAUGUUAUUUUUCUAAAAUUGUACAUUGCAAUAAUUCUCGUCUUGAUCUCCAAUUUUAUACAUUUUACGAAAAAAUAAAAGCUAUUUUUCUCUGAAA